AUGGGGAUGCCUGGGACGGAGGUCACCGAGUCCAUCUCUAACAUCAAACUCAGUGAAGCCCAGAGAGAGGCUGAACAGACGCCCUCAGAGCCCAUCCGACCCCUUCAACCCUGUGGAAAGUACGAUGUUGAUGAGAGCGUGAGAGCCUGCGAGUUGGAUUGUCAAGUUGUUACGAUGGGUGCCCCGGGGAAGCAUAUGUGCGAAGGCGAAUCUGAAUCUCUGAAAACGAUUCACACUGUUUCUGCUCGCUUCGUGCCAGAACCCUAUGCUUGGGGAAAAUAUGCGCAAGAGGAUCCUGAAGCCUAUCUUCCCCUUGCAGAAUUUCGUGAUGUUGAUCGGAGAAGGGGGGAUGCAUUUGUGUUCGAUGCCUGCUCUUUCCAUGGUCACAACGAGUACGCCACCGGCAAUUGGAGGGCACCUCGGCACUGUCUUAGCAAACAGACAUACAUAAGGCAAUACAAAUCCCGGCUUCCAGUGUCACCACCCAAAGAUGACUGGGAUGCCCGCAAUAUCCUCUCCUCGCUGACGUUCAAUAUCGCCAAUACUAUCUUCAUACCCGGGUCAUGCCAACGACAGGUGGUCUAUGAUGAGAUGACGGCGUUGUGUAAGAUGUUUUGCGCCAAUGACCUCAAACGAGACUUGAAAAGUGUUGGAAGAACGGAGUUUGAGAACGAGCAGGCGGCGGCAGGCACGGAUGCUGAUGAAGAGGAUGAGGAAGAGGAGGAAUGA